CAAAACCAUAAUUGAAAUAGAAAAGAUCUGGUAUAAAAAGUCCUUUUAGUUGGUCUUUGCGAUUUGUGAGAUCGAUGACUUGUACAGUACGAUGAAAAGACAAUGAGGAUAGCAAAGCAACUUAGGAAUUUUGUAUUUGCGAAUAAUUAUCGGUGAAAAUAUGUUUAGGCUUAGAUUUACGUCAUGAUCCUAUGUUUGUACUUCAAUAUGCGUUAAAUCAUCAAGAAUUUCUCCAAAAUGCCACGUAUAGAUCCUCUAUCCUUAUUGAAAUGUCUUAGUGUUUUAUUGGGGCCAACUGGAGGUAUUAAAAGUAAAGAAGAAGUUCAUCGGUUGGCUAAUUUAAUGACAAAGUUUUCAAAGAAACUUGUUUCAAAAUGCAUUUAUAUACAAAUAUUAAAAACUACAAAUACUGAUUUACUUAGUCAAUUUAUGGGUGCUGGAGGAUGGAAUCUUAUUCAUAUGUGGCUUACAGAUGGUAUUCUUGCAAAAAAUUGGGCUUUAAUUCAAGAACUUUUAGAACUUUUGUUGUUAUGUCCAGUAGAUAUAGAGAGAUUAAAAAGUAAUAAUUGCCCAAAAUUAAUAAAAGGUCUAUCAAAAGAAGGUAGUCACCAAGGUGUUAGAGUGUUAGCUAGUCGACUGGUUGAACAGUGGUUAAAAAUAGUGAAAGGAGAAGCUGCACCAAAUUCUGUACCAGCACAAAUCAUGACUAUUCCAGUACAAAGUACUGGUGUUCUGGGACAAAGUUUGGUAUCUCAAUCAACACAACAGCAACAGUAUUCUAUUCAUUGUGGUAUCCAACAAGUCUCGGAUGGUACAGAAAAUGCAACAGUUCAGGUGCAAGAUUUGCAAUUUAUUCCAAACUCCACGUCCACUAUUGCAGUAUCCCACAUUCACCACCAACAACAACAACAACAACAACAGCAGCAGCCACAACAGCAGCAGCAGCAGCAGCAACAACACCAUCAACAACAACCACAAGAACAACAGCAGGUACAGGAAAGGACAACUGUGCAACCUUUACAGUUGCAAGUUGUUAGCAAACCACAACAGAUGCAAAUCCAACAACAAUUGUCAUCACAGCAAUCAAAAAAGCCAGCUUUUGUUGUGGUAUCUACGUCUUCACAAUCUCCAGUUCCUGUGUAUAAAAUUACAAUUCGUGAAGGCAAACAGAUUCUUACAAAAGUGGAGACAGAUGCUGCAAAUAUUAAUAGUGUUUUAAAUGCAAAUAGUACAAAUGUAGAAGUUAAUGGAGAUCUUGUGGAAGAUACUCUUCCUGUGAAAGAAACUUCCGAGGAAGUAGUAUCUACAGAACUUAGUGACGGUGUAAUCAGUGGUCAAGAUUGUGAAAAGGACAUUGCACAAUCUGAAAAAUUAGACCAGGUUUCAAGUGAAGUGAAACAAACUGUAGUAGAUUCCACAAAUAGUCUUGACGUGGAAGUUGUUAAAAAUAAAGAAAACAAAGACAGUAAAGAUCUUAAAGACAAUGGUAGUAGUGAAAGUAGUAAAUCUAGUAAUAAAGAAAAUCGGGACUCUUCUAAGAAAGACGAAAAAAAAUCUAGUAGUUCAGAUAAAAAAAGUCAUCAUAGCUCAUCUUCAUCCUCCAAAAGUUCUUCUAAACAUACCUCAAGCUCCAGUUCACAUCGUUCUAGUUCCACAUCUUACAAAUCUAGUAGUCAUCGCUCUAGUUCUAGCAGUAGUAGUUCAAAAAGUUCUAGUUCCAAGGACAAGUCUUCCAAGGACAAGGAAAAACAUCACUCGUCUAAUUCAUCCAGCAAACAUAGUUCUAAUAAAAGUAAAUCAGAUAAAGAGCGAGAAAAAGAAAAACAGAAGAAGGAUCAGGCAGAAAAGGAUAAAGCAACAUUAGAAAAGGUUCAAGGGCAGGCACUGAGUUCAAAAUUUGGAAAAAUACCUAAGAAGAAGUCGGAAGAAGAAAAAUCGGGAGAUACGGGUGUAAGAAAAUCGUCAACGGAUUCUCGAGACAGUUCGAAAGAAAAUAAGACUGAUUCAAAGAAAGUUGUUGCAAUGCCAGAGAAGAAGAACAUUUCUAUUUCCAUUGAGAGUAGAAAAAAUUCUCAAGACUCUACAACACGGCCAAAGACUGUGAAAACAUUUAAUUCUAAAUUUAGAUCAACAGGUUUGGAGGAAGAAGUAAAACCUCCACCACCAAGAUCAGCAAAGAAACCACAUCCCAUCAUUGACAAAAAGGUCAUACCACAAAAAUUACCAGCCUUGAAAAGACCAUCUCCACUCAGAGAAACUAUUCCAUCAACAGAUAAACGAGCUAAGUUAUCAUUGGAUUCACCAACUACACCUCCAAGUGAAGAAAAGAAGGGAGGCAUCAAAUUAAUACCACCAAAACCAAAACCUAUGGUUCUGCAAGAAAGCGAUAUGUUUAUGGAUGCUUUAACCGCUUCGACAAAAAGUAAAGAACCAAGGAAAAGGAAGCGAAGAACGUCCAUCACGAAAGAUGGUCCCACGGAAGCUAAGAAACAAGAAACUGUCAGUAGUGAUAAUCGUGAUGUUACGCCUCCACCCACCUCACCACCAAGUGCCGAUGAAAAAUCACCCGUAGUUGUCAAGCCUAACUUUAAGUUUUAUCAAGAUACGUUAGAGACAGAUGAAGAUAAAGAACAAAAGGAAAAGGAGAAUUCGGAUGAAGAUACAAGGAAAGAAAAAGAAGAAACGUCUGACGAUCAAAAAGAAAACAGGAUAUUUAAAGCCGACGUUGAUGAUGAUACUGGAAGUAAUACACCUACACCGGAAGAUGAUACGGAAGAAAAGAUAUCUGAUUCUCCCGAAGACACAUCUUCUAUGUCUGAAUCAGCGAAGAAAGAAAAUGUUAGUGCUUAUCCUGAAAUACGAUACAUUGAUGGUCUGAGAAGUGUUUUGUUGCUUCAGAAACGCAAAGGUCCAAAGAAGGUAUUAAAAUGGAAAACCGACUUAGAAUCAGUGCGUUAUUUCGAGUUAGAUGAAACGGAACGAGUGAAUGUAACGAAAACAUUCACCGAUAUGAAACAAAUGGAGAAGCAAAAUGAAAGAGAGGCAUUCCAAAUGGCAAGAAAAUUAAGUAAUGAAGACUUAAUGGAAGAAAGAACGAGAUGGAAACCUUUGAUUCAAAUCGAUUUACCACCACCUUUAGUAGAACCUGGAAAAGAUAGUAGAGAAAAAGAUAUUCAAUAUGCUCGGGAAAAGGGAAUUUUGCAAGCACUAUACUUCAACCGAAGCAUGAUCCCAGACUCUGCGGCAGAGCCCGAUGAAGAACGACAUCAUGUAUAUAACGAGCCUAAAAUCAUUCCUUUGGAUGACCUCACGGGAAAUAAAGAAAGUGAGAAAGACUUUACAUCCAUGCCAUGGCCAGAACCAAAACCUCAAUUACAACCUCAAACGCCAGCAGUUCCGAACUUCCAUUAUCCAUCAUUUCCACAUAAUCAACAACCGGUAAUGGCACCCAUAGGUCCACAAACAUCGAUGAGUCCAAUGCCUCAAAUGUCUCAACAAAUGAUGGGACCUGCUCAUAUGGGUCCAAUGGGUCCUGAAAUGGGAGGUCCAUUGUCGGCUGGAGGAGGAGGCGGAUGGAGAACCGGCGAUGGAAAAGUUGUUGUACCUGAUGGAAUGGGAAUGAACCCAAUGGGAAAUAUGCCAAAUACAUUCCCACCAGGAAUGGAAGGUGGUCCAAUGGUGCCACCUGGAAUGAUGGGACCACCACCUAUGUAUAAUCAACAGCAAGAAGGUUAUGGAAUGAUGGGUCCAGAAGAUAUGGGAUUCAAUAACAUGAAUCCAAACAAUUUUCAAGGCCCCCCUGGACCAUUGUAUGGUCCUGGGCCUAAUUUUCAAGGUCCCAGAGGUGGUGGUCCAAUGCAUGGUAGAGGUAGAGGUGUUCCUGGACCUGGUUGGUACAGAGGUGGUGGGGGACCACCUGGAAGAGGUGGCUGGCGAGGCGGAGGCGGCGGGUGGAGGGGAAGUGGAAAACAACCACCCGUGUGCCGACAGUUUUCAAAGAACGGAUAUUGUCGGGUCGGUGACAAAUGUCAAUAUCUACACCCUGGAGUGAAUUGUCCACCAUUUUGAAAGAAAUGAAAAUAAUGAAUUAUCUGAAAUUUCCGCAAUAGCUUGAUAUAAACAUUCAUUCUAUUUGACAUGAAUCAAUAAGAAUGAAUAAUCGUACUGAAAUGAUUAAACAAUUGAAUCGA